AUGAUUGGAAUGCAACGGUGCCUUUUCCGAUCCAUCAGAAAAAAUAUAUCGAGUCGUCUCUGUCGCAGCAUUUCGAAAAUACCGACUGACAAAAAAAAAGUCAAGAACCCAAAGUGCAUUGAAAAUGCUGAAAAAUCCAAGAAAGAAACUGAUCCUGAUAACUCGAACAGAACCGAAUUCAAUAGUUACGAUUGCUUCCUUCCAGAUCGCAAAGGUGACGUUCAAGUCUGUAUAAUUGGAGGAGGCGAAGCACCAAUUUACACAGCUGUUCUUUUAAAACAAUCACGAUUGAUAAAACGCGUGAACCUAGUAGACACGACUGAUUCAAUGGCUAGCGCAAUUUUAGAUAUAAAUCACAUCGAUACUUCUACUCAAAUCAAGUACUACAAGAGGAAACAUUUAAAAAAUGCCCUUAAAGAAACAAACAUUAUCGCGUUAAUGGAUGAAGCAGACACGAACGUGAUGGAUUUGAACCCGAGAACUCGGUUUGAAGCGGCGUCAUCGUACGUGUACGAAAUGGCCGAGCAAAUGGUCACGGUUAGCGCGGACGCAUUGGUGGCCGUUUUUGUUCGGCCGGUCACGGCGAUGCUUCCGAUGGUUUCGGAGAUCUACAAGCUCGCAGGAUGGUGGGAUCCAGACAGAAUCGUUGGUUCCACGUCCCUUGAACGUAUGCGAAUGGAAGCAACCACAGCGAAUCUCUUAGACCUGAAUCCGGCGUUCCUAUCGGUCCCCAUGGUCGCUGGCGCGGAUCCGUACACCAUCGUCCCUCUUCUGUCACGAGCUAGUCCUAUCAACCGGUUCACCUAUGCGCAACAAGAAAUGUUACUACAAUCGUUGCGUGGCGCGGACAAGGAAAUGGCACGCAUCGAAGCUAAGGGACCAGUACUGUCAGUCGGAGCAGCCGCAGCUAAGUUGAUUCUCGCGCUUGCCGGUGGACUUACCGGAUCACCAAAUGUCAUCUCUAGCGGUUACGUUCGAUCGAAUGUUUUACCGGUGUGCCGAUUCUUCACGACCGAAUUGCAGUUAGGACCUGGAGGAGUGCAAAAAAAUUAUGGAUUACCAAAAAUGUCACCGGCGGAAUUAGUACUUGUCGAACAAGCGAUCCCUAUAAUUAACGAACACAUUCACAUGGCAAUGAAAGCGGUUUCCAGCUGCAGCCACGUCAAGCGAAAAAGUCUAUAA